AUGGAGGCCAAGAGACCCAACAUCCUCUAUAUCAUGGCCGACCAGAUGGCGGCUCCUCUGUUGUCCAUCCACGACCCAACAUCACCCAUCAAGACCCCGAAUCUCGAUCGGUUGGCUCGUGAUGAUCAGCUACAUGGCUAUGAGCAGCGUUUGACUAGUGACAUCUACCCCGGUGACUAUGGUUGGUCGGUGAACUGGGAUGAGCCGGAUGUCCGUCUUGACUAUUACCAUAAUAUGUCCUCCGUCUUGGACGCGGGACCUGUGGUGCGCACCAACCAACUUGACUUUGAUGAAGAAGUGAUCUAUAAGUCAACCCAGUAUCUGUAUGAUCAGGUGCGAUACCGCAAUGAUCAACCAUUCUGCCUGACAGUUUCCAUGACACACCCCCACGAUCCUUAUGCAAUAACUAAGGAAUUCUGGGAUCUGUACGAGGAUGUCGAGAUCCCUCUGCCAAAGCAUUCAGCUAUUCCGCAUGAUCAACAGGAUCCACACUCACAACGCGUGCUCAAGUGUAUUGACCUGUGGAACAAAGAGCUUCCUGAGGAUCGUAUACGUGCCGCACGUCGUGCUUACUAUGCAGCUUGCACAUACGUGGAUACUAACAUUGGUAAACUCUUGCGUGUGCUCGAGGAGACCGGGUUGUCUGAGAAUACUAUUAUUGUGUUUACGGGCGACCAUGGUGAUAUGCUUGGUGAGCGAGGACUGUGGUAUAAAAUGACCUGGUUUGAAAACUCCGCCCGCGUUCCGAUGAUUUUCCACGCUCCCAAGCGCUUCGCUCCUCAUCGAGUCCCUGAGAACGUGUCGACGAUGGACCUGCUGCCGACAUUCGCUGAUCUCGUGGGCGCCCAACUCAUUCCAGGUCUUCCUAUGGAUGGAGUCUCCCUGGUCCCUUAUUUGACCGGCAGAGAAGGCCUCCGUACUGACACGGUCUACGGCGAGUAUAUGGGCGAGGGCACCCAAGCACCAAUUAUCAUGAUUCGCCGCGGCCGUUGGAAGUUUGUGUACUCGGCCAUCGAUCCGCCGAUGCUUUUCGAUCUCGUCAAUGACCCAGAAGAAAAGACAAACCUCGUUGCUGGCUUACCAGUCCUGUCAGUCUCAAGCCCAAUGGUCCCUACUAAACCGAUGACUUCCUCGCCGGCUGGACUACCCACCCCGGAGGGCACCCCCCGAGCAUCUCCAAAGCCGCAAGAUACCAAUCAGUCUGUGCUCGGUUCUGUCAAGCUGCCACCCACACCCGAAGGCAUGGACCCCGUCAGAGCUUUGGGUUAUUUCCUCGCGGAAAUCAAUACCCACUGGAACUUGGAGAAGAUACGCCAGGAUGUCCUGCACUCACAGCGCCGCCGCCGCUUGGUCUACUCGGCCCUUAUCAAGGGUACCAUCCAGACAUGGGACUAUGAGCCGCGGGUCGAUCCCACUACCCAGUACGUGCGCAACCAGGGUAGAGGCGUUCUUGAUGAUGUCGAAUUUAUGUCGCGCUGGCCGCGCGCCCUGCAGCAAGCCGCGAACUCCAACACCCUUUCUACAUCUGGCUAG